AUGGCAGCAGUUGCUGGAGGAGCCAACACCGUCGAAAACACCGUUGAGAUCGAUACCAUUGCUCGGUUCGCCGUCGAUGAACACAACAAGAAGCAGAAUGCAAAAUUGGAGUUUGGGAAGGUAGUAAACACAAAGGAGCAAGUUGUACAGGGUAAACUUUACAUUAUCACCCUGGAAGCAAAUGAUGGUGGUGAGACCAAAACUUAUGAAGCCAAGGUGUGGGUGAAGUCAUGGGAGAACUUCCAAGAAUUGCAGGAAUUCAAGCAAGUUUAA